AAAUUUGUUCCACCUCUAGGGAGUAAAGAGCUACCUUUUUGUACCGCCCAAAAUAACUAAAUUUUAAGUGUUUGCUGGUCGCCAAAGACAAGCCAUUUGGCCACAAUAAAUUUAUAGUGCAAAUUAAUAAUUAGAUUCGCAGAUAACAACAAGCAGAGCGGCUGAUAAACGAGAGGCGCCGGAACCAAUAAAAAAAACCAACACCCACAAAGGCAACCAAGUCGCGUCAUCAGCAGUGGAAGUGUGGAAAGGCAGUAGCAGCGGCAGCAGCAGCAGCAGCAGAAGCAGUGGUUUUCCAGCUCCGUUUAGAGUCCUUAAAACAUGGACAGCAAGGGUCGAAAUGUCAUCGUCUGUGAUAACGGCACAGGGUUCGUCAAGUGCGGAUAUGCCGGCAGCAAUUUCCCCACCUUCAUUUUCCCCUCGAUGGUGGGACGACCCAUGAUUCGGGCGGUGAACAAAAUCGGCGACAUCGAAGUCAAGGAUUUACAUGUCGAUGAUCUGAUGGUCGGCGACGAGGCGUCACAGCUGCGAUCCCUGCUAGAGGUCUCCUAUCCCAUGGAGAACGGCGUGGUGCGCAACUGGGACGACAUGUGCCACGUGUGGGACUACACGUUCGGGCCCAAAAAGAUGGACAUCGAUCCAACGAACACAAAGAUCCUGCUGACAGAGCCGCCCAUGAAUCCCACAAAGAACCGUGAGAAAAUGAUCGAGGUGAUGUUCGAGAAAUACGGCUUCGAUUCCACAUACAUUGCCAUUCAGGCUGUGCUGACGCUAUAUGCCCAGGGUCUGAUCUCGGGCGUUGUGAUCGACUCAGGCGAUGGUGUAACGCACAUAUGUCCCGUGUACGAGGAGUUUGCCUUGCCCCAUCUGACGCGGCGAUUGGACAUUGCCGGUCGCGAUAUUACUCGUUAUUUGAUUAAGUUACUGUUACUACGUGGCUACGCUUUCAAUCAUUCCGCUGACUUCGAAACGGUGCGCAUUAUGAAGGAGAAGCUCUGCUACAUCGGCUACGACAUCGAGAUGGAGCAGCGAUUGGCCCUGGAGACGACGGUGCUGGUGGAGUCCUACACGCUACCCGACGGCCGGGUAAUUAAGGUCGGCGGUGAGCGAUUCGAGGCGCCGGAAGCCCUGUUCCAGCCGCAUUUAAUCAACGUCGAGGGUCCUGGCAUUGCGGAACUGGCCUUUAACACGAUCCAGGCGGCAGACAUCGAUAUCCGGCCCGAGCUCUACAAGCACAUAGUCCUGUCCGGCGGUUCCACCAUGUAUCCGGGUCUUCCCAGUCGGUUGGAGCGAGAGAUCAAACAGCUGUACUUGGAGCGAGUACUCAAGAACGAUACGGAAAAGCUUGCGAAAUUCAAAAUACGUAUUGAGGAUCCACCGCGACGCAAGGACAUGGUCUUCAUCGGCGGUGCUGUUCUGGCGGAGGUGACGAAGGACCGCGACGGCUUCUGGAUGUCCAAGCAGGAGUACCAGGAGCAGGGUCUCAAAGUGUUGCAAAAGCUGCAAAAGAUCAAUCACUAGAGGCGAUGACUAGUAUGAAAGUGUGUGAGGACCCUGCGAAAUAGGAUGAACAAUUGUAUAAAUUUCUUUUGGCUAGUUUGUAUAAGUUGAAAAUUUUCAGUUUAGCGUGAUGUAUCUGUCUAUAUGUGUGUUUUUUUUUGUUGUGUGCCUGUGCGAGGUGGGCGUGUCUGUUGAUCAGAAUUGGUCCACUUGUCUCCAAGAUCACCAAACAUCGCAGACAUGCCGUCACUUGUUCGAUACCCGUACAAUGAAUUGUAAUAUUUCUUUCGUCGCGAGCUGAGCGACUAAAAAGUGUAACCCGAUAGUCACCUAAAUUGUGUAACCCUGCAGUAGUAAGUUGAAUUGAUUAUAUUUACGCCUAAAGUCCAAUGCCCUUAUGCUUUGAUUAUAAAUUAUACAUAUACAUAUAUAUAAAUUUCCUGCACCUCAAGGUGUAUCGAUAUUUUUGUAAA